UUUGCGCAUCUGCACGCUUUCGGAUGGAGGAUGGCAGUCACUGCAUUGCCCAAAUCUUCAGUUCGACAAAAUAAACAGGAAAAAAAAAAAACACUGAUAUAGGUCUAAAUUAAAAUGUUCAGAGAGAACUGGAUCUGAGGAUGCAAUUUUAUUCGGACUAGCUCAUUUAAAAAAACGCGUUAUUAUAGGCUAUCAGACUGUCUGGAAAAUAGUAGAUCGCAGCAUCAUUAUCAGUCUGCAAGCUGCGACCUCCGCAUCCACAGGCAAACCGAGGCUGACCUGGUUUUCUGCACUGGCAUCUCGCUUCAUCAUUGUAUUAGAGCAUCAUCUCCCUCCUAUGAGUGAUGUCGGACUGUAGGCGACAGUGGAACCGGGAGGAUGAGCUCCCUGUGUACCUGGCUAAACCCAUCUCGGCCGGACCCAACCAGCGUCACAAGUCUCACGGAAUGUUUAGCUCCGUCGAGGGCGCGUGUGAUAGCAAGACUAUCGAUUUUGACCAGUACGCCGUAGGGAGGAAGGGGAACAGGAGCUCACGGAGCAGUAGCAGGGAACGCAUCGUGGAUGGGGACUUUGAAGCUUAUGAGAUCAGCGGGGGGACCAUCAGCUCCCCGGGUGAGAGAGACGACGGGCGUCCGGGUGUCGAAAUCACGGAUCAGACUGAAAAGGAAUGUCGUUAUGAGCAAAACAACGGGAAGAGCGAGCGGCUGCUGAUUAAAGGUGGAAGAGUGGUCAAUGAUGAUCAGUCGCUAUAUGCGGACGUUUAUGUUGAAGAUGGAAUUAUUAAACAGGUUGGGGAGAACCUGAUUGUGCCGGGGGGCGUGAAGGUGAUUGAGGCUAAUGGGUGUAAGGUGAUUCCUGGAGGUAUUGAUGUGAACACCUGCCUGCAUAAGCCUUACUUGGGCACUCCACCUGUGGAUGACUUCUACCAGGGCACCAAAGCUGCUCUGGCAGGAGGAACCACCAUGAUCAUUGACCAUGUGACUCCACAGCCUGGUGACAGUCUUUUGGAGGCCUUUGAGAAGUGGCAGGAAGCGGCUGAUAAAAAGUCCUGCUGUGAUUAUUCACUUCAUGUGGAUAUCCCUCAUUGGCAUGAAGGUGUGAAGGAGGAGCUGGAACAGCUGGUACAGGAAAAAGGAAUCAACUCUUUCCAAGUGUACAUGGCUUACAAAGGGUUAUUUCAAAUGCCUGACUCUCAGUUGUAUGAAGCAUUCUCAUUCCUUAAGGAGCUGGGGGCAGUGGUGCUGGUGCACGCAGAGAAUGGAGACCUAAUAGCACAGGAACAAAGCAAAAUCUUGGGAAUGGGCAUCACUGCUCCGGACGGCCACCCACUGAGCCGACCAGAGGAGCUGGAGGCGGAGGCUGUUUUCCGCGCUAUCACCCUUGGCAACCGAGUCAACUGCCCUGUCUACAUCACCAAAGUGAUGAGUAAAGGUGCAGCUGAUACUGUGACCAAUGCACGGAAGAAAGGCUCUGUUGUUUUUGGUGAGCCAAUCACAGCCAGCUUAGCAACAGAUGGAUCUCACUAUUGGAGCAAAAACUGGGCAAAAGCAGCAGCCUAUGUGACCUCUCCACCCCUCAGCACUGACCCGACAACACCUGACCACCUUCACUCUCUACUGGCUCUGGAGUACAAUAUUUUUGAGGGGAUGGAGUGUCGUGGUGGUCCAGUGUAUGUGGUCAGUCAGGGUAGGAUUGUGUUUGAGGAAGGGAAGCUUCAGGUUCAGCAGUGGACUGGACGUUUCAUCUCUCGCAAACCCUUCCCUGACAUUGCCUACCAGCGCAUUAAGUACCGCAACAGGGUGAUGAGCAAGCAGGGAGUUUCUCGUGGGAUGUAUGAUGGUCCAGUAUAUGAUAUCCCAGCAACACCCAAAUAUAUAACCCCAGCACCCUCUGCCAAGACCUCACCCACUACACACCAGCCUCCACCAAUCAGAAACUUGCAUCAGUCUAACUUCAGCCUAUCAGGGGCUCAAAUAGAUGACAACAUUCCUAGGCGCUCUAGCCACCGCAUUGUAGCACCCCCUGGUGGUCGUUCCAACAUCACCAGCCUUGGUUGAGCACUUCUGCAGCUCCCAUGUGACUUUGAGAGUGUGUGUGUGUGUGUGUGUGUGUGUGUGUGUGUGUGUGUGUGUGUGUGUGUGUGUGUGUGUGAGUAUUAUUACAGUUCUAUCUGUUGACAAAUAAUCAGUAUUCUCCUCUCACAGGGCCAUGCUAUAAAAGAUAUUUGUGCAACGCAUGCAUGUCAAAAUAUCACUGUACCUUACCUGUGCAGUAAAUGUCCCAUCUACAGUCAAUAUUACUGUGUGCAUUGUACACAAUAGUCUCUCUGCUAAGACAUACCUAGACAAAUACCAAUAGAUAGCUAGACAAUCACUAGAAAAUACUUUAUAUCCGUAACAAAUUUCAGAAAAAGUAGCAUUUAAACAAUGCUAAUAUAACUACUCACAUUUAUUAUUAAAGUUAUGAAAACCCUCGUUCUGCUGAUGUGACCCCAGUGUUUGUGAAAAUGUCCUGCUUUAAAGCCCUGUGAAGCCGGUAACUAGACAUCCCACAAAAUGGUGCUCCUCCUACUGGACAACUUACAGAGCUAAAGAUGACUAGAUAAAAGUGUUAGAAUGCAUGUCUGAGAUCAGUUUUGGCAUAGAUGUACCACUAAUAAGUACAUUCUAAAGCUGAGUGACGAUCUGCUCUUACAAGCACUUUUAACUUUCAUGUUCUCUGUGCACUGAAAUGUUUUUAAUUCUGUGUUAUCAGUCUAUUUGUGGUAAAGAAUGGUGAUGGAUUGCAUGAUCUCACUUUUAGAUGUUGGUAUUAUUGACAUCUGACCUUUUGAUUCUUACACUCUUUAUACUUUGAAGGAUAAUUUUUUUAUCAGUUAUCUUAUCACAUUUGAAUUGUUUUACAAGAAAAAUUUGUUAUAUCACUUUUUAUUUUCAUUUUACCUGUAGCGAAAAAGGCUGCAUGCCAUUUUAGCUCCUCCAAGCUCUUGGUUGUGUAGAUUUUGUUUAUUGCAAAAUUAGAUGUUGACUAGAGAAGGUAUUCACAUUACCUCAUAUCACAAAUGCAAAAUCAAAGAAUGCAAC